AUGUUCAUUCAUCUGUUAAUGUUUCCUAAUUGCAGAGAGUUCAGCCACUGGAAGGUGAACAGUCUGGCUACAGAGAAGAGAGAUUUCCUCAAAGCUCCACUACCCUUAGCACCAGAGUUCCUGCGCAACCUGCGGUUACUGGGGCGACGGCCAACCCUGCAGCAAAUCAACGAAAACCUCAUCAAGAAGUACGGGACCCACUUCCUAGUUUCUGCUACCCUGGGAGGUAAGCAAGGCCUGCAGGUGAUUGCCUUUAUUCCCGAGUUCGAAGGAGAAGAGUCUUUGACCAUCUUCCUGGACAAGCAGAAGCUGAAUAAGAAGUCUGAGGGCGGCAGCAACAGCUCGGUGGUGUCCCUGGAGCUGCUGCACCAGCUGGCCGCGUCCUACUUCACUGACCGGGAGAGCACCCUGAGGCGGCUGCACCACCUCCAGAUCGCCACCUCCGCCAUCAAGGUUACGGAGACGAGGACGGGGCCUCUGGGCUGCAGCAACUACGACAGCCUGGAUUCAGUCAGCUCCGUGUUGGUGCACAGUCCGGAAAAUAGGAUCCACCUGAAGGAGGGACUCUGGGAAACCUCUAACGGAUGGUCUCCGGACAGCACCAACAUGCCGUUAGAACUUAGUUGGAGCUCCAUCAGUAGUGUGAGCGGGAGCGGGCCAGAUGCUGCUCAGGCCUGUGAGCUCAGGCAGGACGGAGGCCUGCAGGACGUCCUGCCGGAGUUCCUGCGCGGGCGCUUCGUGGAGGCGGCCCUCAGCUACGUGGCCUGCAACUCUGAGGGAGAGCUGCUGUGCCACAACAACGACUGCUGGUGCCAGUGCUCCUCCAGGUUCCCAGAAUGCAACUGCCCCUUCGCCGACAUCAAAGUCAUGGAGGAGAACCUGGAGAAGAGCAAAGGGGCCUGGAACAGCCUCAACCAGGAGUUCAUGGAGUCAGCGGUAGCCGGGGAGCUAGUUCAUCUUCAAACAGAAAUGCUACAGGCGCAGAGCCCCCCCACGGAGCCUGUGCAGCCAGGGGCGGUAGAACCUGACCCAGAGCAUCCUCACAGCCCCGCCAUGAGCAGAAGGAGGAGGGAUUUACUCCUCUGCAUCCGUUGUGUUUAUGAAUUCAAAGCCUUCUUGAAGCGUUUGCCCACUGACCAGUUUCUGAAUGUGUCCACGAUUGCCAAGUUCUGGUCAGCAGACCUGUCCCUCCAGAAGCGCUACACGCAGCUGGAGGCCAGCUCUGCUCUGGCUCUGGGAAAGGCCCAGAAGAUCGUCAGGAAGCUCUUCACCCUGAGCAAACGCUGUCCCAAACAGCCCCGCAUCAGCCUGCCCCGGGAAAGGUAA